AUGGCAGCUGGAUUUGCAGCAGCGAUACCACCAAAUGUUCCUUCAAUAAAGAUGCUUAAACAACAGCUAAGACCAUUGCAAUUAAAUUUGAAUGUGCAAGAGACCUUAAAAGAUGGCAUUGAUAUGGAUGAUGUUGAUGAUGAUGAUGACGAUGAGGAUGAUGAUAAUGAUGAUGCUGAAGUGCAAAUAGACGCCGAUGAUAAUAUAAUAGAGGUGGAUGAUAAAAAUGAUAUUAUUAAUCUACAAACCGUCACAUUAGUGCCUCAAUUAAGAACUAAGAUCACCGCAACAACAACAUCAACAACAACAACAACAAAAACAACACCAUCGAGUGCAUUAGCUAAAUUCAAUCGACUCAUUGAUUCAACUAGGGAUAAAAAUGAACAACGGGAUUGGAUUCAACAUGAUCAUGAAUUAGAUGAACUUAACAGUUCCAAUUUACAUGAACGUCUAUCCAUGGCAUAUCCAGAGUUACUAUCAUUGGGUACACCAUCCGAUAGUAAAUUUAUCAACAACCUCUCAAGGGUUAAACAGGAUCAUAAUCGGCAACAUCAAAGGGAUUAUCAUCAUAAUAAUUAUCAUCAUUGUGGCUCUAAAGUUGUUGACACUAACUUUGGCACACCAUUAACAUUUUCAGCACCAUUCACCCAACAACAACAACAGCAACAACAACAACAACAACAAGAGCAAGAAGCAACGACACCCGAGAUGUUAAUAAAAAAGCAUAAACUUAUCGAUCAUCAUCAUUUUUUGCAUAAA